AUGGAACCUUCGAAGGAAGCGAUUGCAGUUCGUAUCACACGACUAAACCGUCAGAUAAUAGGAAAAGUCACUAGUGGUCUAAAUAAAUUGAACAAAAAGAUAGACCGUGAAACUUUGUUGGAUGCUCUAACAGUAUUGUAUGAUGAGUGCAAUGAUGACCCGGUUAAGAAAUGUGAUGAACUCGUACGAGCCUUUGUGGAUAAGUAUCGCAGUACACUGGCGGAGUUGCGUUGUGCCCGUGUUUGCUAUUCUGAUUUUGAAAUACUACAAACUAUUGGGAGGGGUCAUUUUGGUGAAGUUCAUAUGGUACGGGAGAAAGAAACCAGUGAUGUGUAUGCAUUGAAGACAAUGCGUAAAGAGCAAGCUCGUAAGCGAGUGGCGAGUGGAGCAGAAGACGAAAGGGACGUGUUAGCGAACGCCAAUGGUCCUUGGAUACCAAAACUGCAAUAUGCAUUUCAGGACAGUAGUAACCUCUAUCUAGUCAUGGAGCUAUGCAACGGUGGUGAUUUAGCAGGUUUGAUGGCGCGACGCAACCACCCACUGUCGGAACGAGAUGCAGCUUUUUAUGUAGCUGAAGUGGCACAUGCACUAAAAACGAUUCAUGCUAUGGGUUACGUGCAUCGAGAUAUCAAACCUCAAAAUAUUUUCAUUGAUAGAUGCGGACACGUGAAGCUCGGUGAUUUCGGUUCGUGCGCUCGUCUAUCUGAAGGCGGGGCGUCGGGCAUCGCGGUGGGAACUCCCGAUUACGUGGCGCCGGAGCUGCUGGCCGCCGCCGACUGCGCUCACACCGUCUGUCUCGACUACUGCCGCGGCGUACAGACCGCUAUUUCCGCCUGUGACUACUGGUCGCUCGGCGUGGUGGCGUUUGAACUUGUGACACUAAAAAGACCGUUCUCGUCCAGUGACGACGAUUCUCUGGCACAGAUUUUAGCCAACAUUCAAAGAUAUGAGCGUGAAACUGACGCUGAGCCUCCGUUCGAGCCUCUGCCUCAGGGUCCGUCGCCCGUGUGGCGCACGCUGGUGGGUGGGUUGCUCCGGGUUGCGCCCGCGCGCCGCUUCAGCUACCUGGACACGCUGCAGCAGCCCGCGCUGGCGCACCUCCGCUUGCACUCCAUCCGCGAUCAGGCUCCGCCAUGGGUUCCUCACCUUCGCGGCCCGGAAGACGCGUCGUACUUUUCGCCGCCGUCGCGGGGCACGCCGCCCCCCUCCGCGGCACCGUUCCGCACGCGACCACCAUUCGCGGGACAGCUGCCUUUUGUCGGAUAUUCCUUCGUAGCUCGAGAUGAAAAUGAGGAUAGUAGUGGCGGUUUUAAUGCGUCGCAUGAUUGCACGGCUAUCAACUUAGCUACUUUUAAGUCGGCGGAGAAGCUGGCGGCGAUGCGGGCGCGCGAGGUGGCGUCGCUGCAGAGCCGGCUGGCCGAGGCCGAGGCGGCGGCGGCCGAGCGCGCCGACAGCGCGCGCCGCCACGCCGACGCGGACGCCGAGCGCCAGCGCGCGCGCCUGCAGGCCGACAUCACCGCGCUCACUCUGCAGAACAAACGCCUGGAACGACAAGUGGAAGUGGAGAAAGAGGAGCGCAUGGCCUUGCAACGCGUCAACCAGGAUUUAGCUUCUGGUAUCGCUGAGCGAGGCAAUGCGGAACUGCGCGCUAAACAAGCUUAUGUAUCGGAACUACAAGCAGAAAAGGAAUCAUUGAAGGAAGAAGUCAAUAGGUUGGAGUCCCGCCUUGUUGAGCUUCAGGCUGAAAAUGCACGAGCCAAUGCCGCCGCUGAGAAUGCCCGCGCUCAACAGAAACAUUAUAAGGAUAUUAUACAACAUGCACAAGAUUUGAGGCAUAGGAGGCUCACGGAAAUCAAUGUUCGAGCUAUUGAUACGAUAGCGAAGGAGCGCGCACUGCGUCGUCAAACGCUGAGCGGCGGCGAGGGUGAUGGAGCGCGGGUGGCGAGCGCCGAGGCCGCGGCGGCGCGCGAGGCGCGCCUGCGCACGCACGCCGAGGCGCGCCUGGCCGCCGCCGACGCCGAGGCCGACGCCACGCGCGCGCAGCUGGACGACGCGCGCGCACAACUAGCUGCUGCGCAGGAAGCCCUGAAGGAAAAGCGGCGCACAUCAGAGGCAGCGAUGCAACAGUUGAACGAAGUGCAAUUGCAACUGACGCAGGAGCGUAUGCAAACAAAAUCUCUACUUGCACAAGUUCAGGAGCUCGAGCGUGGCGUGGAGGAAGCUGCGCGUCGCGAAGCGGCUUUAGAGGAGCAGUGCGCGCGCACCGAGGCGCGCCUGCGGGAGCGCCUGGAGGAGGCCGAGGCGCGCGCCUCCGCCGUGCUGCACGACGACUCGCACCUCAGGGAGAAGGUUAAUAGUUUGGAGCAGUUGGUCCGUCAACUGGAACGCGAAGUGAGCGCAUUAGAGAAACGCACGUGCGCGGAGUGCGCCGCGCGCGCACUAACGAACGCGGAGGCGGAGGCGGCGGAGAGCGAGCGCGUGCGCGGCGAGGGCGGCGAGGGCGGCGACCGCAGCGACACCGAGAGCGUGCCCGACGUGCAGGCGCACGCGCACGCGCACGUGCACGUCAGCUUGUUGAAGGAGCAGCUGGAGCGCGCCGAGGCUCAGCUGCAGGCUCGAGCCGAAGAAAUUGCAACAUUGCGUCAAGAAACUCGCGCAGCUAAUUUAGCAAGAUGGCGUAAGGAGCGUGAAUAUAAUGAGUUAUCGAUGGACGCAAAAGCAACGGCUCGGGAGUUGAAACGUGCUGAAGAGCGUCUCUCUGCAGUGUUAGAGGCUCGCAAGGCGGCCGAACAGAAAGUCUCUGCACUGGAAUCAGAGAUUAAUUUACUACGGCCGGAACACCAGCAGGCGAAUGCAGAACUCAUCACCUUAAGGGACAAACUGGCGAAGCUGCAGAAGGACCAUGAAGUUCUGCAGAAUGAAGUAGAUAGAUCGCGUAACGAUAUUCGCAAGUUAAAGAGUGAGUUGCAAUACAGCGAAAAGCGCCGUCUUCACGCCGAAGAACAGGAGGAACUGUCGAGUCGGGAACGCGCGCAACUCCGCGACGAGCUGACUACUCUCCGGACACAAAACAAUGACCUAGUAAUGAAUAAUAAGGCUUUACAAGAAGCUUGCAGUUUAUUAGAAGAUCAACUAACAGAAUUAGAGAAGUUAACAGACCUGCAUGAAAUUAAAAACAAAGAUCUCGAGAUUGAGACGCAGCGCAUGCGCAGUGAGCUGGAGUCGUGCCGCGCGCGGCUGGCGGAGGCGGAGCGCGUGGGCGCCGAGCGCGGCGCGGCCGCCGGGCUCGCGGCGCAGCGCGGUGACGAGGCGCGCGAGCAGGCGCGCGCCGCGCACGCACAGCUGCAGCUGCUGCGCGAACGUCUGGAGAACCGUGAGGCACGUGUGGCGGAGCUGGAGGCGCGCGUGGCACAACUGGAAGGCGAGAGUGCAGGCGCGGCGGCAGCGAUGGCGAGUGCAGCGCGACGCCUGCGCGACCUGCAGGAGGAGUGCGCCGCGCUGCGCACGCGCGCGCACCACCACCACGCGCACGCGCUGCAGCUGCAGGCCGCGCUCGCCGAUGCACAGGAGGAGGCGGCGGCGGCGCGCGAGGCGGGCGAGGCGGCGGCGGCGUGGUGGCGCACGCGCGACACCAAGGCCGACGCCACCAUCCGCCAGCAGGCCAAGCUCAUCGACUUCCUGCAGGCUAAAGUGGAAGAAGCAAAUCGCAAAAAAUGCUCACUUAGUAAUAAAUUGUUCGGGCGUUCAGGACGUCGUGCUGCCGCAUCGCCGCCGUUGCUGCGAGUGAAUAGGGAACUUCGUGAAGAAGUUGAGCGGUUACGAGCCAAGCUUGCAGCUAAUGACAUCCCGCCUACGCCCAGACGCGAGAAACCGAUUGAUAAACCUAAGAAAAUAGUUAAUGGAAUAAAUGCGGAUCUAUCAGACGAGAAGAUGGAAUCUUCGCUGCUUAUUGUGUGGUCGGACGGCAGCCGGGAGCGGCUGAGCGCGCGCUGCGAGGGCGCGGCGCUGGUGCUGGCGCGCGCGGACUCCGAGCUGCGGGCGCGCCUGCUCUCGCCCGACGCUACCAACUUGCCGCACAACGAAGCUAACCGGGCUUUUAUGAUAAAAGUGGAGGGGUGCAGCGAGCCGCGCGCGGAGGCGACGGUGGUGUGCGCGGGCAUAGCGGAACGCAGCGCCUGGCUGCGGCGCCUGCGCGACGGAGCCUCCCCGGCCGGCGCCCUCGCCGCGCGCGCCCGCCAGCCGCCGCCGCUGUGCGCCACGCGCGCGCCGCUCCUCGCCGCGCUGCACGUGGCGCCGCACGUGCUCGCGCUAGGGUGCUCCGACGGUCUACACUCUCUCCGCGGUCCAGUACGAAUCGAGUGGGACAGUGACGUGUCUCCGCCUAGAACCGAAGUAAACUGUGUGCAAAGCAUAGUGUCGACGAACGGACGAGCGUUGUUUGUAUGCAGUGGUAUACUGGCCCACGGCGGCCUUUUAGCACUGGGUUCUGCUCUGCGACGCUCAGCAAACCUCAAGCCCACCGUCAGUCUCAGUAGAGUACAGUUGCCUGAAGUCUCCGCCCCAUGUCUAGUCAAGGUACUUUCUGAAGAAGCAACUGAAGGUCCAUGUGCUGUGGUCGCCUGUGGCCGGCGCGUUUUUAUUUUACGCUUCGACGCAGUUAACACUGAAUUCAAGAUAGCACGCUCGCUCACGAUUGACAGGCCACCAAGUUCACUACUGCUCACGACUAAGUGCUUGUUCCUUGCCGGGGAGAAGCCUCUCAAAGUGAAUUUGCCCUCCGGCGCGUUAGAAACCUUCGCCGUAGACGAUCCGACCGUCGCUGCUGCCUUAAAAAGUCACUCGUCACCUAAAGCAAUCAUCCUUGUAAGAAACGACCCCAUUGAGCUACUAAUUUGUUUUGCGGAAUGUGGCGUGUUCGUGGACGAAAGCGGUAGGCGUACACGUAACGAAGACCCUAAAUGGAGUUCGGCAGUACACAGUUGGGAGUUUGUGGCUCCCUUCCUUUACGCUGUCGGAACAGAUAGAGUUACCAUAAUAUACCUCAAUGAAGAAGCAUACAGAGCCCCGCCGUGUACCUGUGAAACGUCAUCCACAACGUCCACUGCCUCUGAAUGUUAUAUGCCAGAAGUGUUCAAUUAUAAAGUGAAUGAACCCGCCUUACUCGGAACGGCACCUAAUGGAAUAAUAAUAAGCACGAAGAGUGAUGACGGUUACUCAGUUUCAAUAGUAGACGGUCUCGCAGCAUUUCGAAGCAUAGGCGCCUCUGUUGAAUCACUAGAAACUACGUCAGAGUCAAAAGGCUCUUCCACCGACUUGACACUCUCAUGCACUGACUUGUCACAACACGAAAUGUCUAAUGAAAGUGUAGAAGUGAAUACAGGGUUUCUUGCCGAUAUAAGGAAAAGAGCGAAACAGCUUCGCAAUGCAAAUCGUAAGGGACAGUCUUCUGAUGAUGUCAUCAAAGAAAUUCUCACUACGGAAGUUGGAUUGAAGCGAGUCUCAUCCGGAAGAAAAUCUCCAGCAGUAACUUCAGAGUUCGAUUCCGAUUCUGAAUCCGAUGAGAAAGGAACUGGCUCUACGAAGGGAACAGCUGAUUUAUGUGCUGAAAUGUUUGCGAGGCAAGUGCGGUUCAAAUAG